GAGAUCCUUCUGGCUUUGUUACGCCCGGGAAGCCAUUUUGGAAUUCUGCUUGUUGUGCACCAGCAUAACACUCUCAAGCUACCAGCAAACUUUUGUUUUUCUCUUUCAACCAGAAAACCAAAAUUUAGGAUCCGAGAGUGCGCAGUAAUAAAUCAUCUUUGGGUCUCCGUGCGUCGGGAUGCGGGCGGAAGUUUGCGCAUCUUCCGUGACAGAAACGUGUGGAUCUUUUUCUUUUGCUUUGGAUUUACGCUCUAAAAGAAUAAUAACAUACAUGGACUCUAACCACGCGGCAGUCUAAACAAAGAAGAAUGAACAUGGAUUUUUCCCAACUGCACACAUAUACGCCGCCACAGUGUGCUCCGGAGAACACCGGCUAUACCUACUCUCUCAGCUCCAGCUACUCCACGGCAGCGUUAGAUUUUGAGAAGCAGCACCAGAUUGCUGCCGUGUACGAGUCGCCCAGGAUGUCACGGCGGAGCCUGCGUCUGCAGAACGGUGCCGGUCACUAUGGCAACGAGAGCCUGGCUGAUUACUCCCAGAACCACAGCAACAGCAACAGCAGCAGCAGCUACACCAGCACCAGGAGAGAGACACGGACGCUGCGGAGCAAAAACAAGCAGUCCAGCUCCAGCUCUCUGUCUUUAUCCUUGAGCCAAGCCGCCACUCCGAGGAAAACCCUCUCCUUCUCAGCCGCUAAUACCCCAAUUAUCAACAACAGCAGCAGCAGCGUCAUUCAUGAAAGCAACACAGAGUCCGAUGGCGGUCUGCUCACAUCCAUCCUGGACCAGUCCCACCUGAGACAACGCACCGUCACCACAACCACCACCUCGACGUCUGUGGCUCGACACUGUGGGAGGAGCUCCAAUAACGACCACAGCUCAUCAAGCAUCAACGGCGACACCAGCGUGUCAAAGUCCCACGCCUCGCUCGCCAACGGUUACAUCUGCAAAGACUGCUCUUUUCACUCUGAGAAGGGGGACUCCCCUAUUACACAGUCUUCAUCGUCAUUAUUAUUAUCAUCAUCAUCUCAGACUGCGGAAGCUUCCUCGGAAGCCCUCUCCUCCUCCUCCUCCUCCUCGUCACCUUUCACAAGCAUAUACUCCAGAGACAGGAGUCGAAGGAGCAAGACAGGUGUCCUGGUGUCUAUGUCUAACACGUGUAUGCGCUACAGCAAGCGAGCCCUGGCCCCCAUAGUGUCCUUAAUCACCCUGAUCUACAACAAUGUGCUCUGGCUGGGUUCAAGGGCCAAGAGUCCUCCAGGAAAAGGUGUCCUAGCGUCAUUUUCGGACUCGAUGAGACAAGCAGUGUCCUCCAGUUUGUCUCAACUGUGGCUGUUUAAGCAGACCACUCUCCACAGGAUGAUGGGCUACAAGGCCAAUGGCUAUGAAGGACAAGCUCACUCGAGUUUCUGUGGAAGCUUGAAUGUGAAGGAUCUGGUGACUGAAGAUGCGUCGCAUCUUAAUCACAAUGGUUCCCUGUGCGAUGACUGUAAAGGGAAGCAGCAUGCAGAGACACACACCGUCCUCCUCACACAGUCCUCCAGGUCUCAGCGCCUGGUGGGGGCGCUGUGGAGCGUCCUAGCUUACACAGGUCACAUUCUCAUCCAGCCAGGUUACUGUGUGGUGAGAGCAGGCAAAGCGUUGGGAUCCGGGGUCGGGACGGUGGUCGGGACGGUGGUGCAGAGGCUGCUCUCAUUGUUCUGGAUGCUCCUGGCAGCUCCAGUGAAGGCAGGCAGGGGACUCCUGUGGUUUCUUGCAGCAGGAUGGUACCAGCUGGUGUCUCUCAUGUCUCUCCUCAACGUCUUCUUUCUGACACGAUGCCUUCCCAAACUCUGGAGGCUCCUCCUGCUCCUUUUGCCUCUUUUGCUCCUCCUUGCUUUAUGGUGGUGGGGUCCGUCCACUGCUGCCCUGCUCGCCUACCUCCCAGCCAUAAACCUAACCGAGUGGCGUCCUGCGUCUCCCUUCACCCUCCUAUCUAACUUGAUGCCGGCUUCUGCUCCAGUUCCUGCCUAUGUCUCCGUCCCUGCAGCAGAGUCUCCAGUGGAGCUGACCCCAGCCACCCCGGUCUCACAGGCACCACCGUUCCUUCCCCCAGUGGCGGUCUCUAGUUUGGACUUAGAGCGGCUGGAGCGCGUGGAGCGCCAGCUAAACCUGCUCUGGGUGCAAGUCCAGCAGGGUGACCAGAAGCUGGAGCAGCGUCACGGGGACAUUUUGGGUCUUUACAGCGGCCUGAAGGAGCAGCUCCACACUCAGACCGACAGGGAGAGCCUGGGACUGUGGGUGUCCUCCCUGCUGGAGCAGAGACUCGGCGUGUUACGGGGAGAGCUGGAGAAGGAGAACACACACAUAGCACAGAGUGCAGAGCAGCAGAAACAGCAUCAAGAGGGUCAGGCAACACGGCUGGCUGAGUUAGAGUUUGCACUCAACGCCCUGGCGGCCAAGACUGAGGAGGUGCAGCAGAAGCAGCAGCAGCAGCAGUAUGAGCACGAGAAGCAGGAAAGAGAGAAGGUGGUGGUUGUCACUUCAGCAGCAGACACGGUUCCUGUCAGUGUGGGUGUGAAGCAGGAGGACCAUGAUGCUCUGCUAGUGGAGGUGCAGAGACUUGAGUUGGAGUUGGGCAAAAUCAGACAGGACCUGCAGGGUGUUGUGGGAUGCAAGGGCAAGUGUGAGCAGCUGGACACACUGCAGGAGACGAUAUCAGCCCAGGUGUCCUCCGAGGUGUCCUCGCAGGUGCGUAAGGAGUUGCAGGCCCUGUUCUUCGGCAGUGGCGGGUCAGGAGAGGAGCAGAGAGAGGUGCCGGAGUCUCUGAUCCUCUGGCUGUCCCAGCGCUACGUGAGCAUGCCCGACCUGCAGGCCUCCCUGUCCUCGAUGGAGCAGAGCAUCCUGAAAAACGUGUCCCUGCAGCUGGAGCUUAACCGGGCCCAGACCCUAGGAGACGCCGAGUCCCGAGCCGAGACCAUCGUUCAGACCGUAACCGGGACCGUCCAGCAUACUGCUGCUGCUGAAGGACUGAAAGAAGAGCAAGUGAAGCUGAUUGUCCAAAACGCUUUGAGGCUCUACUCACAGGAUCGAACAGGUCUGGUGGACUACGCCCUGGAGUCUGGAGGUGGCAGCAUCCUCAGCACUCGCUGCUCUGAGACGUACGAGACCAAGACGGCCCUCAUGAGUCUGUUCGGCCUGCCGCUCUGGUACUUCUCCCAGUCGCCACGUGUCGUCAUCCAGCCCGAUGUGUACCCCGGUAACUGCUGGGCGUUCAAAGGCUCUCAGGGUUAUCUGGUGAUCCGGUUGUCCCUGAGGAUCAUGCCCACAUCCUUCUGCGUGGAGCACAUUCCCAAGGCCCUGUCCCCGACCGGAAACAUCACCAGCGCCCCACAGAACUUCACUGUCUUUGGUCUAGAUGAUGAGUACCAGGAAGAAGGGAAGCUGCUGGGGCACUACAAAUAUGAGGACGAUGGGGAGUCACUGCAAACCUUUCCUGUCAUGGAGCAGAACGACAGGGCGUUCCAGAUCAUCGAGGUGCGGGUGCUAUCUAACUGGGGUCACCCAGAAUACACAUGCAUGUACCGCUUCAGAGUCCACGGAGAACCUCGGCCUCAGUGAACCAACCACUACCAUACACACUCAUAUAUACGACAUAUCACCCUAUCUGUACAUAGCUCUCGCCAACUUCAUUAAAACGGAGGGGGACUCGGAAGAACUCUGUGGACGUUUUUUGUUUUUUGUACGAAAGACACGCUGAAGUUGUGGAUUGUUAAAGGAAUGUGCCCAGACUGAAUCAUGAACAUGUGUUUUGUAAUAUUGAAAGAAUCACAGGAAAGUCUGUAUGGGGAGUGUAAAUGAUCGCAGAAGAAGAAUAGAACCACGGAAGAAGCUAAAACUCCCGGUCCCCUUUUCGUAAAAAAGGCCUCUUGCACUGAAUCAGCCCUCGAGGGGCGGCAGGCUCCACCGAGCGGACACAAAUCCAUCCCCCUCUUGGCACCUUCCACUCCUACUGAGAGGUGGACACUUGAAAUGGGGGAUAACAGACUCAUCUCCACCAUUUCCUUACACACUGCUUCUCUGAUUUCUGUUCUUAAUCAUCCGUGUUUCACUUUGAUUUCCUGUCAGUGUACUAUUUUCAGGAUCAAAGCACCUUUUGCCUGUGACGCUGUCCAGGCAUGUCACUCCCUGUCAAGUCUCUGCAAUGACUUUAACUGAGCUGUUUGGGCAGCCUGCAGGACUGGAACUCACUCCCAGUGGGACAUAAGGUUCACUACACUCGGCAUCAUGCAUCCAUAUAGCCAUAACUUUUUUUCUUUUGGAACCGAACACGCUGCCUAUGGACGCGCUCUGAAUGUUUCCUCGAGUGGAGGCUUGAUGCAAAUCAUCCUUUAACUUCACAGCAACACUAUAUAACCACUGACCUGAGCUCAGAGUAUUAGGAGGCUAUUCGUUAUGUACAUUAGAUUAAAUAUGUGUAUGGUUACGGAUGGACUCCAGCAUUAAUUCUAGCAUGUGACUCUUCCCAAACCAUACUCCUUAACUUUUACACGCAUCAUGGAUUUACACGAGUGUGUGUCCUCUCUGAAGGUUUGGCUCCUGUGCCUGGAUCUCAAAAUGACGGAUGUCGAAAGCUAAAUAAUGACCGUUAUUUAGCUUUCGACAUUUCACUGUUGAACGCUAAAUAAUAUAACUACUCCUGUAGACAAGAGUGUGAUUUUUCUUUUCUGUUUCUAUAAAGCGGAGACUCUGUCUGUCUCCCUCUAGCUCAGUUAUAAACGUCCUCUUCACAUGGGCUCCCUCUAUUCUGAAACCCUGAAGGAAUGUAAUCUGUAUAUUUCAUUGUUGAUAGUUGGUCCUUUAUAAUAUCUGCUUUUAUCAGUGUUUCUUUAUAAAAAAUAAUCAUCCUGUCAUUAUCAUAAUUAUUAUUCUAUUACUACCAUUAUUUCUACCAUUGUGUUCUGCUUUUAUUUGUUUUAUUUUGGGGGGGGUGGGGGGGUUGUUUAUGUCCGAGGAUGCACUGCAACGACUUGUUAGAGAAAUGUUUGUGGCACAGGUCUUCACAAUUUUUAAAUACCGCGGGUGUGUGUAGUCAUUCAUUUUGGUUGCAAAUAUGGGGAAGUCUAAAAAUGUUAUGUAUAAAAAUGUUUUGUUCACAAUCCUAUUUAUUAACAAGUCAAUUAGUGACUGCAAGAUAUGAGUUACUGCAAUGUAUAUUUUGUCAAAAGCUGUUCAGUGCAUUUUGGAACCAUCUUGGGACUUUUUUUUAAGAUAAAUGGCUAUUUUUGUUCAGUCAUGAGAUGACUUAACUGCUUUGGAAUAUAUUCCAAUAAAGACUUUAAUUUUGAA